AAUGCAUCCAUCACCUAUUCAACGGAUUAGUUUAAUUAGUGCUUAUUUACAACUUUCAAAAUGUCGUUUAACAGCAUUAAUUACGUCAACAACAAUGGGCGGUUUAGUUAUGUCGCCUACUUUGGCAAGUGUUUCUCCAGCUUUAUUUGGGUCUUGCGUUGCGGGAACCGCUUUACUUUCAGCAUCUGCCUGUGCUUGUAAUAAUAUUAUUGAAAGACAAUUUGAUGGGCAAAUGAGAAGAACACAGUCAAGAGUUUUGCCAGUUGGUCGUUUAACACCAAAUCAUGCUUGUCUUUUUGCGGGUACAACAGCAGUUGCUGGACUUGGAAUACUUUGUUUAUGUUGUAAUCAUUUAACUUCUGGCCUUGGAUUUUUAAAUAUUGCGUUAUAUGCUGGUGUGUAUACUCCAAUGAAAAGAAUGCAUCACAGGUUAAAAGCUUUUUUAGAUAUUUAUUGGAGUUUGACCUUCUGAGGAAAAAUAUAGA